GAAGUAUGGACAUACCACAAAGUCAAGCCGUUAAUAACGCAAUCCUAGCAGGAUCUCCAAGGAAUCGAUUUCUGGUUCCCAGUCCAAUCCCAACCCGGCGAACCAGAACUCUCUCACAAUCAGAUAGUGCGAAAAAAAGUGAGGUUUACAACGGUAUCGUGAAGGCAUUCUGUCGACAGAAGGGUCACGGUUUUAUCCAGGAACUCCAGGAAGAUGACGUCCAUCCAAACCAGGAACCACUGUUUGUUCAUAUUUCAGAUAUUGACGGCGAGUAUGUACCGAAGGAAGGCGACCAUGUGUCAUUCAAGAAGAUUUUAAUUCCACCCAAGAAGGAGAAGUAUCACGCUGUCCAUGUUGUUAUCACCCACCUGGAGGAAGGGGUUUCACACGAGAAGUGGGACUCUCAGUGAUGGUCGGAGGUUUACAUGGACAGCCAUCAGUUUGUGUGGUGUACCUACAUCAGGUCACUACCGAUUACUGUUACACUAAAAUGUAAAUUUGAGCAAGUGAACUGUUUUAAUAUACGCAAACAAGUUGUAACGAUUGAUGUUGCGAAGCUUGCAGGACCACCAAAUUUUUAUUCAGACUUUGAAAAUAUGUGUGUCUGCGACAUUGGCGACAACUGCCAUCUAUCACCCUUGUGAGAUGUAGAGAGAAUGAUAAACAUCAUUUAGAUAUCAAAAGCUCAUUUUCCAAAUCCAGUUAAACUUUUAGCAGUUUUAUAACGGCUGUUUUCCAAAAUAUGGAACAAGCAAAAUCUUCCCAAUUAGCAUUUAAACACUACCACUGUUUCCCCAUUUAAACACUACCAUUUAAACACCACCAGUUUCCCCAUUUAAACACUUACAUUUAAACACAACCAUUUAAACACUACCAUUUAAACAAGUUUCCCCAUUUAAACACUUACAUUUAAACACUACCAUUUAAACACUGCCAUUUAAACACUACCAUUUAAACACAACCAUUUAAACACUGCCAUUUAAACACCACCAGUUUCCCCAUUUAAACACUUACAUUUAAACACUACCAUUUAAACACUACCAUUUAAACACAACCAUUUAAACACUGCCAUUUAAACACCACCAGUUUCCCCAUUUAAACACUUACAUUUAAACACUACCAUUUAAACACUACCAUUUAUACACCACCAUUUAAACACUUACAUUUAAACACAACCGUUUAACACCACCAUUUAAACACCACCAUUUAAACACAACCCUUAACACUACCAUUUAAACACAACCAUUUAAACACUACCAUUUAAACACUACCAUUUAUACACCACCAUUUAAACACAACCAUUUAACACUACUAUUUAAACACAACCAUUUAAACACAACCAUUUAACACUACCAUUUAAACACCACCAUUUAAACACAACCAUUUAAACACAACCAUUUAACACUACUAUUUAUACACCACCAUUUAAACACAACCAUUUAACACAACCAUUUAAACACUACCAUUUAAACACUACCAUUUAAACACUACCAUUUAAACACAACCAUUUAAACACUACCAUUUAACACUACUAUUUAAACACAACCAUUUAAACACCACCAUUUAAACACAACCAUUUAUACACCACCAUUUAAACACAACCAUUUAACACUACCAUUUAAACACUACCACAGUUUCCCUAUUUAAACACUACCACAGUUUCCCUAUUUAAACACUUCCAGUUUCCCCAUUUUAAUCAGCCACAGGGCUGUAAGAGUGAAAUCCUGAAUUUAGAUGUAGCCAAGUUUUACUGGCAUUUUGUGGAUUCUGAUGCCCCUACCUAUUACCCCAAAUCAUACAUUAUCAAACUAGACAGCCCAUUCUGAGGGGAAGACUGAUGUCAUUUAAUGUCUUGUUUCCUUCCUUUGUCAGACUGCACUUUACAUACCACAUUCUACCUCUAUCUAGUGUGUGAAACCACAAAAUGAAAAUCAUCAUCAUGAAAGACCAAAAUGGAGAGAAUAUCGGAGUAACUCAGGAUUAUGUAAACUAGAAUCUUACAUGGGUCUAUGUGGACAGGGAUAUCUCAACCCAUGUGUUUUUGUGGUCAACACGAGGCUUGCCAAAUACUGGCCGGUUAAAAUUUUACUUGACGGUUGAGAUAUCCCAGUCCACUAAACAGACCCAUGUUUGAUUAUUUUUCUCACAUACUUUCAUAAAAACAGUAAGAGCAAGCAUUACACUAUCAUAAAAAGAGUAAGAGCAAACAUUACACUUCCAUAAAAACAGUAAGAGCAAGCAUUACACUUCCAUAAAAACAGUAAGAGCAAGCAUUACGCUUCCAUAAAAACAGUAAGAGCAAGCAUUACACUUCCAUAAAAACAGUAAGAGCAAGCAUUACACUUCCAUAAAAACAGUAAGAGCAAACAUUCCACUAUCAUAAAAACAGUAAGAGCAAACAUUACACUUCCAUAAAAACAGUAAGAGCAAGCAUUACACUUCCAUAAAAACAGUAAGAGCAAACAUUACACUUCCAUAAAAACAGUAAGAGCAAGCAUUACACUUCCAUAAAAACAGUAAGAGCAAACAUUCCACUAUCAUAAAAACAGUAAGAGCAAACAUUACACUUCCAUAAAAACAGUAAGAGCAAGCAUUACACUUCCAUAAAAACAGUAAGAGCAAACAUUACACUUCCAUAAAAACAGUAAGAGCAAGCAUUACACUUCCAUAAAAACAGUAAGAGCAAACAUUCCACUAUCAUAAAAACAGUAAGAGCAAACAUUACACUUCCAUAAAAACAGUAAGAGCAAGCAUUACACUUCCAUAAAAACAGUAAGAGCAAACAUUACACU